AUGAUGCUUGUUGUUCUAUGUUUGUUUCUAUUAUUUUCAACUUGCCAUUCACGAAGUCUACCACAACUACAACGACCCGAUCCAGAUUGUGAUUAUAAUAUUACACAAAUAAUUCAAAGUAAAGGUUAUCCAUGUGAAGAACAUAAAGUUAUUACAAAUGAUGGCUAUAUUCUUGGUGUUUUUCGUAUUCCACAUGGUCGAAAUUCAUCAUCAACAGGUCGACCUGUUCUUCUUCAACAUGGUCUUCUUGAUUCAGCUACAACAUGGGUAAUGAAUUUUCCACAUCAAAGUCUUGGUUAUAUUCUUGCUGAUGCUGGUUAUGAUGUAUGGCUUGGUAAUAUGCGUGGAAAUUAUUAUUCACGUGCACAUGUUAAAUACAAUCCUGAUCAUGAUGAAGCUUUUUGGGAUUUUAGUUGGGAUGAAAUGGCAAAAGAUGAUCUUCCAUCAAUGAUUUAUUAUAUAUUGAAUGUAACAAAAUAUGAACAAAUUGGUUAUAUUGGUCAUUCACAAGGUACAAUGAUUGCUUUUGCGGAAUUUAGUCGUCCUGAUAGUGUCGUUCGAAAUAAUGUUAGUUUCUAUGGUUCAUUAGCACCAGUUGUUCAUGUAGGACAUAUAGAAUCACCACUAAAAUAUUUAGCAUCUGCUACUAUAAUGAAAGACCUAGAACUUUAUUGGCAUUUAUUAUUCGGUCGUAAUGAAUUUCUUCCAUCAUCUUAUAUAAUAAAAUGGCUUGGAACAUUUGCAUGUGGAGAAUUUAUAAUUGAUCGAGUAGUUUGUGACAACAUUUUUUUUAUUCUAUUUGGACCUGAAAAGAAAAAUUUAAAUGAAACAAGAAUUCCAGUCUAUGCAUCACAUGUACCUGAUGGAACAUCUGUCAAAAAUAUGAUUCAUUUUGCACAAGGUGUACAAACAAAUGCAUUUCAAGCAUAUGAUUAUGGUUCACCAGAAAAAAAUCAAUUACAUUACAAUCAAACAACACCACCACAAUAUUCUAUUCGUUCAAUGAAAGUACCAACAGCAAUCUUUUCGGGUGGUGAAGAUUGGCUUGCUGAUCCAUCAGAUGUUAAUUAUAUUAUUGACAAUAUUCAAAGUCUUGUUUAUAAAAAAUACAUUCCAAAUUAUAAUCAUAUAGAUUUUAUUUGGGCCUUAACAGCAAGUCAACUUGUUUAUGUUGACUUACUUGAUGUAAUGAAAAAAUAUCAUCCACCUAAUUAA